ACACAGAAGAAGAACUCGUGACGCAUUUUCCGUUCAUUUCAACCGCGCCAACGUUCACCGAUUAGUGGCCGUUUAAGUCAGAAAUUCGUCUUUAUUAUAUUUUUAUUUUUUCCCAUCUUCAUUAUCGGUUUAUAACGGUCUGAACGACAUCAUGGCGGACAAGAUGAGCAUGUCUCUGGACGACAUUAUCCGAAUGAACAAGAAGGAAGGCCGCGGCGGAGGGUCCAGGCGGGGUGGAGGUUCAGGCCGAGCCGGCGGAUCGUCGAGGCAGUCGGCGCGGAACCCACAGAACUUCAGCCGAGACCGGAACAGCAGACCCGCUCCGUACACCCGGCCCAGAGAGCUGCCAGACAAAUGGCAGCACGACAUGUUUGAGGAGCACGACAGUGGACGCGGCGCAGCAUCAUCAGUAGCUGCUGACAGAGGUGUAGAAAAUACCGGCAAGCUUCUGGUUUCUAAUCUGGACUUUGGCGUUUCUGAUUCAGACAUUAAGGAGCUGUUCUCAGAGUUUGGUGAUUUGAAGACGGCGUCUAUUCACUAUGACCGGUCGGGUCGCAGUAAAGGAACCGCUGAUGUCCAUUUUGUAAAUAAGGCAGAUGCUCUUAAAGCCAUGAAGCACUAUAAUGGUGUUCCGCUUGAUGGUCAUCCCAUGAAAAUCCAACAGGUAACCGCAGAAGUCAGCACACAGAGCAGUUCACGCAGUGGCUUCGACCGGAGCAGACUGGGUCAGCCCCGGUUUGAACGGAGGCAGGGUGGAGGUUUCAGGGGUCGAGGGAGGGGAGGUGGAAACAAACCCCAGCUUUCUGCGGAGGAGCUGGACGCUCAGUUGGACGCUUACAACGCUAAGUUUCAGAUGGACACCAGUUAAAAGCAUUCCCAAGAUUACUGCCUCAUUUUUAUUCUAUGUAGAAACUUAUUUGUUGAAAACAUUUUCAGCCAAUUUUAGUUUUGUUUUUUUU